AUGCCACCCAGAAAUAUACUUCUUUGCUUCGAUGCCUUCGGGACGCUCUUCCGACCCCGACAGCCAAUCGCUCAACAAUAUGGAGAGGUGGCACGCUCUCUCGGUCUCGCCAACAUCAAAAAUGAAGACGUCAAUAAAUCCUUCAAGGCAGCAUUCAAACAAGAAUCCAAACAGAAUCCGAACUAUGGAAAACAGAAUGGCCUGAAUGCCGAGAAAUGGUGGUCAAGGAUCAUAGUGAAUACUUUCACUCCCUUGAUACCUGCAGGUCAAAAACUUCCCGAGGAGCUCGUUCCCAAACUCCUACACCGCUUCUGGUCCAAAGAAGGCUACGUACUAUAUCCUGACGUGUUGCCACUGUUGCAGCAGCUCCGGAAAGCACAUAGAUAUGGAAAUGCUAGGGUAGUAGUUGGUGUCAUAACCAAUUCCGAUGAUAGGGUGCCUGAUAUACUGACCUCGCUGGGAAUGAAAGUCAGUCCUCUGCGGUUUCCUGUGAAUCAGAAAUUGGAAUCGAGGGAUGAAUACGAUAUCGACUUUGCGGUCAUGUCGUAUGAUGUCGGUUUUGAGAAGCCUGAUGCGAGAAUGUUUGAGGCGGGGAAAACUAUGCUAGAAGCUGUGAUUGGCGGGAGUAUUGAAGAUGCCAAGGAGUGGAGGAAAAUUUAUGUGGGAGAUGAGUAUGCAAAGGAUGUUGUGGGUGCAGUUGAGGCGGGUUGGAAUGCUGUGCUGGUAGAGCGAGACAAUGAUGCAGAUCGCCAUGGGGUGAAAUGGCUCGAAGGAGAGCCAACAAAAAGUCUCUACGAAGUCUUUGAGACGGAAAAAGCCGUAGGAUUCUGCAGUCUUGGGCGGCUUGCGCAGUGGUUGCCAGGGGGAAGGAGAAUUGAGAACUGA